GACAACACCACCUCGACGCCCAACACACCAGAGUCGCAACCAUGGCUGUCGGCAAGAACAAGCGUCUUUCAAAGGGAAAGAAGGGUCUCAAGAAGAAGACCGACACCUUCGCGAAGAAGGACUGGUACAACGUCAAGGCGCCAGGAACCUUCGCCAUCCGAGAUGUCGGCAAGACCCUCGUCAACCGUACCACCGGUUUGAAGAACGCAAACGACGCCCUCAAGGGCCGGAUAUUCGAGGUCUCGCUCGCCGAUCUCCAGAAGGAUGAGGACCACGCUUUCCGCAAGGUCAAGCUCCGUGUCGACGAGGUCCAGGGCAAGAACUGCCUGACCAACUUCCACGGCCUCGACUUCACCUCCGACAAGCUCCGCUCGCUCGUUCGCAAGUGGCAAACCCUCAUCGAGGCCAACGUCGUUGUCAAGACCACCGACGACUACCUCCUGCGCCUCUUUGCCAUCGGCUUCACCAAGCGCCGACCAAACCAGAUCAAGAAGACCACAUACGCUGCCUCGUCGCAGAUCAGGGCCAUCCGCAAGAAGAUGGUUGAGAUCAUGACCCGCGACGCCAGCUCGUGCACUCUUGCUCAGCUCACCCAGAAGCUGAUCCCCGAGGUCAUUGGUCGCGAGAUCGAGAAGUCCACCCAGGGCAUCUACCCCCUCCAGAACGUCCACGUACGAAAGGUCAAGCUCCUCAAGGCUCCCAAGUUCGACCUUGGUGCUCUCCUCGGACUCCACGGCGAGUCAAGCGCUGACGACUCUGGCCAGAAGGUCGAGCGUGAGUUCAAGGAGACCGUCCUCAACGAGGUGUAAACGAGCAUGGUUGAUCAGGCAAGGGGUUUCUGGGUCUUUCAAUCUUCUACGGCAUGAUAUGGGCAUACCAAAAGGUGUUAUGUUUACAAAUGAAAGGAUGAACAUAACCCUUAUGCGCUCCCGCGACAGUGACUGGCGUGCAUGGCUACAUCUUCGUUCGGUGUUCAUGCGGCGGUGCGGGAAAAGUACGAUCAACGAAAUGACAUUGACAAGACACUCCAUGCUCC